GGAGCGGGAGCUGCGCUGCGCCUGCGCGGCGGCGGCGGCGGGAUGGGGAGCCCGGUGAAGGGCUGGGGUGCGUCUGCCGUUAAGCGGGUGCGGCGCGAUGGGUCCCCCGAGACACCCUGCGGCCCCGCGGCGGAGAGGGACUGCUGUGACCCGCGGAUGUGGGACACGGAGCGGCUCUGCCAGUACCUCUCUCUCUGCGGCGUGGACGAGCCCAGCCUGCUGCACCGCUUCCGAGAGAACAGAGUCACCGGGAGCAUGCUGAUGGACCUGCCGGCCUGCGCCUUCGAGGUCGCCGGUGUCUGCCGCCCAGCCGAGCGACUGGAAGCGCUGGCCUGCCUGCAGAAGCUGCCGCGGCGGGGCGCGGACGCCAUGAAGGUUUUUAAUGAUCCAAUUCAUGGACACAUUGAAAUACAUCCACUUCUUGUUCGCAUCAUCGACACACCUCAGUUUCAGCGCCUUCGAUACAUUAAGCAGCUGGGUGGCACUUACUUAGUUUUUCCAGGAGCCUCUCACAACCGCUUCGAACACUCUAUAGGGGUGGGCUACCUAGCAGGAUGUCUGGUUCGUGCACUGAAGGAGAGACAACCAGAACUGGAUAUAACCCAGCGAGAUAUCCUCUGUGUAGAAAUAGCUGGGCUUUGUCAUGAUUUGGGUCAUGGGCCAUUUUCACACAUGUUCGAUGGAAGAUUUGUUCCACUCACUCGUCCAGGUUUGAAGUGGAAGCAUGAAACUGCUUCUGUUGAAAUGUUUGAGCACCUGAUCAUUUCCAAUAAACUAGAAGUCAUCAUGAAGUCAUAUGGUCUUGUUCUGGAAGAAGAUAUGACCUUCAUCAAGGAACAAAUAGGAGGGCCUGUAGAUGAAAACACUUGUGAGAAAAUGUGGCCCUACCGUGGUCGACCAAAGGAGAAAAGUUUCCUAUAUGAGAUAGUAGCUAACAAAAAAAAUGGCAUUGACGUUGACAAGUGGGAUUAUUUUGCAAGGGACUGCCAUCACCUAGGAAUCCAGAAUAAUUUUGAUUAUAAGCGAUUACUUAAAUUCACUCGGGUCUGUGAAGUAAAAAACCAGAAGCAUAUUUGUACCCGUGACAAGGAAGCUGGAAAUUUGUAUGAUAUGUUCCACACACGGAAUUGCCUGCACCGCCGAGCAUACCAGCAUAAGAUUGGCAACAUCAUUGAAAUAAUGAUUACGGAAGCCUUUCAAAAAGCAGACAAAUUUUUUAAAAUAGAAGGCUCUGGAGGAAAACUGUACCAGAUUUCUACAGCAAUGGAGGACAUGGAAGCCUACACUAAACUAACUGAUAAUAUCUACCUGGAAAUUCUGCACUCAAGUUGUCCAGAACUGAAGGAGGCACGAGAAAUUUUGCGUAAAAUAGAACGACGUGAAUUAUACAAGUUUUUAGGAGAGACUAAACCUGGAACACUGAGGGAAAUUGUAAAGAAUAAUAGCCUGGCAGAAAGCAUUGCUGAUGCCAAGCCAGAAAAGGAUCCUCCAGAUGUGGAAUUGAAGGCUGAAGACUUCAUAGUUGAUGUUAUCGAUAUGGAUUAUGGAAUGAAAGAACAGAAUCCCAUCGAUAAUGUUCUCUUCUAUUGCAAGGCUGAUCCUUCUAAGGCGGUCAGGAUCAGUAAAGAACAGGUUUCAAAGUUGUUGCCCAUGACAUUUGCAGAGCAGAUUAUCCGGGUUUAUUGCAGAAGUCAGGAUCCAGAGAUUGUUUCAGCUGCAAAACAGUAUUUUAUCCAGUGGUGUAUAGAGAAGGAUUUCACCAAACCAGAGGAUAGCGAUGUGGUUGCCCCUCAUCUAACUCCAGUGAAGUGGAAUAAAAUGGAAGAUGACGAACACAGGACUGCUUCAGAACCCAGUUGCAAACAUAGGCUUCCUUUUGAUAAGUAACAGUUUUCCUUUUGGCAUGAUUCAGUCUGCUUCUUCAGAAGAUGAGUAAACCUGAGCAGCAACUCUUCUAAAAGCCAGUUGGAUAGACUGUAAGAGUCUAUGGAACAAUGCAGAAAUGCAUUUUACAAUGCAGUAUGUUUCAAUGUACUUAACAAAGUACAUAAACAAAGUGCAUAUUCCCAAUGGACCUUUAAAAAAUUAACAGCCUAUUACAGCAGAGCAAACACAAUUCUCAUUUUUGAAUGUAUUGGCACUAUGUAGCAAGAGUAACUUUAAAAAUUGCAAUGCAUCCUUAUUACAAGAGAUGCUGAAGACAUGUUACUGUUCUUUCUAGUCCUGAUACCUUCUUAAGAUGAUUGUGGUAUUGCAUGAGCUAGCAGGAAAAUUUCCGGCUCAGGUUUUUGGUGGGGUGGUUUGUUUUGGUUUGUUUGGUUUCAUUGGGUUUUUUGUGUUGGUUUUGUACUGUUUUGUUUUGUUUUCCCCCCAGUACCUGUGGAAGAGAGGAGUAUGUAUGCUUCUGAAAAUACAGCGAGGUAACAGAGCUCUGAAAUAACCAGAGGUAGCAUCUUCAAGAAUAGCAAAACUGAUUUCUUUUCAAGCAAAUAAAAAGAGGGUAGAGGGGAAUCUUCCUAAUAACCAAAGAUUAUUCAAAAGUAUUCAAAAAGCUGCUGCUGAUUAUGAUGAUGAUGAUGAAGAUGCAAACUUCUUGCUGGACUUGUGACCACAAUUCUUAUUGAAGUAACAAUUCAUUGCAGUGACAUGCAGCCUUUUGUUGUUGUAUAGCAUAUUUGAAAAAUUGAAUGUUAUAUUUCUGCUGUUACACUGAACUGCAAAACUGUUCAAAACGUCCAUCGUUUGAGUGCUGGCAGGGAAGCAGAGCUACCCAAAUGCUUGUCGAGGCAGGUGGGUGUGCGCACAGGUCUUGGCACGGUUGGUGAGUCCCAGAAGGAUGCUGCUCUGCUCUUCCUUGCACCAGGUGCACCUUGUUUCUGCAUUACACUGUACCAGGUAGACAGGAAUUCAGGAAUUCUUCCAUUCUUGUGUCCCUUCCCUGUUUCUCCUGCAUCUCCAAUUGCUGUUCUGGUGUAAUUUUUCUCUGCCUUGUAGAACUCUAAGGGUUCUUACAUUUUUCCCUUACUGGCAGUACUAAUGUGAGUGUUGCUCAAUGUCUGUCCAGUUGAAAAAGUGAAUGAGGAAGACCACCUUCCUCUCAUCUUUUACUCAGGUCUAAGAGGAAGGCUGCUUUCAUUAAAUAAAAUAUAAAAACUUGAAAAAAAACCACCCUGAAAACUAAAAAUGCAAAGCAAAAUGUUCAGUAAUGCUUGGAAAUUGGAACACGCUUUGGAUUUUUAUUUCUGAAAUGGGGAAAGAAAAGUUCAGCAUCCGGUUUUGACAGCCAAGCAGGGGUAACUAGGUUAGUUUCUGGAAACUAAUGCAGUGGGAAAUCACUGUCAGAGAAGCGCAGAACUCUCUUCGUAUCCUUUGCCCUUUUUAUCAUGGGAACUGAGAGCUGUAAGGCAGAGGCACAGAGAAUGAGUAUUCACGUACUUAACUCGGAUUUCAUUUGUUGAAAUAAGCGGAAGACAUUUUGCACUCUGCUGCUUUCCUUAUGUACCUGUGCUCAUAUGUCUGAAGGUGAUGGGGCGUGACCCCUGCUGUUGAUAUCUUUAAUGGUAUUUCAGAUCUGCAGGCGUACCAGAUAACUACUAGAAUGGGUUGUGACCUCUUAAAGGCUUGUAAAGAGCUUAUCAUGCUUCAAGAAGCAACAUCAUAGAGUGAAGGCAUUUGUCUCCUUUAUCUGCCUAAAAUCAAGUAUUGUUCAGAAUAAUGUAAUUUUGUUAUUGUUGCCUGAGUUUGUUUUGAAUUUGUUAUAAAAGGUGCACUUUAUACUUGGGAAAUAUAUUUUGCUUAUGCUUAAGCAAAAAUUUGUACUUAAUGUUAAAUUCUGAGACAGUGUGUUUGUUUUUCUGAAACAUAUGAUUCUGAGCCUCUGGACUAAGAAUAAAUUUAUAAACACUGA